AUGGAGAUACUGGGGCAAACCAUAACGAAAUCAGUCAAGCCUUGGAGUAUUAGCGCAUCUGCUGGGAAUGUCUCGCACGACUUCCAUGCUGCAUCAAGUUCCACGGGCUUCACUGCAACAGCUGACAUUUAUGCAAAGAUCAUAGCCUUUUUAUCCAGUAAUGCCAACGGUACAAGCGACACAGCCCUUUUACUGGAUAUUUGCGAAGGUUAUGCGAUUUCAACGGCCCUUUUAAACCACAAAUUAGGACAAUUCGUGAACGAUUUGGUGGAUGACCUUUUUGAACAGUUGACAGUAGCCAACGAAGAAUCUGCCAUCAAAGAUGCAAGGACAGAGAAUAAAAUUCCUGUAAAUGACAUAGUAGCGGACAUAUUGGUAGCGGGCGGAUUGCUAAUGGUAGUCAUCGUCAGAUCCAUAACAGGGCAAUGGGACUCGUCAAUUCUGAGCGAUUUUAUUAAAUCAAAUACACCGCAAGCCGAAAAAAAGGUUAAGCGACUUCGUCUCAGGAAGCUUUGGAGGAAAGUCCGAAAAUGGGCUUCGCAAACAUCCCCAGCGAUGUCUCAUCCUGGGGACGAUCUCCAGCUGAUUAAUGUGGAUUUUAGUCGACAGCUGACAGACAACGAGUGCAAUUGGUUCCUUGGUUUCAUGAUGGAACUCGGCAACAUAAUAUUCGGAGCCGACGUAGGACCGAUGGUAGGGCUUCGCUAUGCCAUGUGUGUAUUUGAGUUGGGCGCGUCUAUGCUUCCUGCUAGACGUUCAGAUGAAACUGCGACAGCUAGAACGCUAAGGCUUACAUCCUGGAUAACCCGCUUGCAGCACUUAUGCCAUUCUUACCACCUUAAACUGUUAGGCAACACUAGUCUUGACAGUGGCGCAGAGAUUUCUUCCGACUGUUCAGUGAAUGUCCCAAAAUUUGAUCCCGCUGCCAAGAAUAUACUACGUUUUGAGGCCAUCGAAUUAGUGGGGAAAGUCGUAGCGGAUGUCGUUCGCUCUGUGCAAGAGACAACGCUACACCGUGCCUUGCAGUUUGUUGUGGCAGAACAUGCUUGCGAUGGCAGAGCAGAGUUGUCUGAAUGCCGCUCGGAAAUUCAGCAAGCUAACGUCAACAAACUGAAAAUAAAAAUUGAAGAGUUCACCGCUUUUCUGCACGAGAUCAAUAAGUGCACAGAUGUUCCGGGUACUGGAAACAGAAUGACGCACCUGCUUUCGUUUUCUGCGUCGACAGAAGGCCCAGGGGAUAUAAAAUCGAAAAUGGAUUUUACGUCAUUAAAGCAAUUCUGGACAGCCAAAGCGCUUAUCAAUCAGACUGCGUUAAGCAAUGUCUUACUCGCUGGAGAAAACGGGUUUGGUGUAAUCGGAAUCUCGCCCGGCAGAUCCAACGGAGAACGUAAGAGCCUUCUGAACGUUGCCGACUAUCAGGGGAGAGAAGCGAAACCAAUCGACCAUUGCUUUGGAAGUCACCCUUAAUAAAAGGCAACAGCACCCAAGCAACGUAUUGGCAUUGGUGACCAUAGGCGAUCCGAUGAAGGCACGCUCGUUUGAAUUGAAUAAUCCAGUAAAGCCCUAUUCAAACAGAGGCUCAGUUUCGUUGCAAAUGGAGCUGAUAGAUUAGCAAGCCUUUUUACCGGAAGGUCAUGCACUGUUGUAAUUAACAAAUGGGUGUUUAUAUCAACCUUUUUGGUCUGUACCAGAAUUUGGUUUAGCCAAGGAAUUAAUUUUUGCAAGUGCUGUUAAGCAUGAUGAUCAAGAGAGAUAAUAUUGCUUCUUGUGCGGCUUUGUAUAAACUAUCAAUUUAUGGAUUCAAACAACUAAAAUAA